AUGCUUGUCAAUAAAAGUUCAAUUGUAAUCAUCUUUGGCAGAGAGCUUGCAAGCAUUUACUAUGAUGAUAUGCAAUUUGAGGUUCGGUUUAUUCCUUCUCGUCAUGUUGUCAAAUUGCAACAAAGAGCUCUCGAUUUGGUUGAGAAGUAUAAAUUGUGGCCUGUUUUGUUUCCCGUGAGUGCGGAUGCUGGUCAGUUGGAGAGAUAUCCAAUAAAGAUUGACAGAUUCUUUGAUGAGAACAUCAGCCAAAAUCCUCAACAACAAAUUGCUAUAAAUAAUAUAGUAUCCGGCAUUUCCAGACCUUGCCCUUACAUUAUUUAUGGACCUCCAGGUACUGGCAAGACAGUUACCAUGACAGAAGCCAUAAAACAAGUUGUGACUUUGCUUCCAAACAGCUGCAUACUGGCCUGUGCAGUGUCCAAUUCAGCCACUGAUAUAUUGGCUCUAAAACUAGUGGAAUUUGAACCCAAAAUAAAAAUAUUGCGGAUGUAUGCUUUGUAUUUUGACCCUAAUAAAAUACCUCAGAAAAUCUUUUUUUCUUCAAAUUUUUCUGAAGAGGAUAAUAAUUAUUUUUAUCCUAGUCCUGAAGAAUUAGAGACAUAUGAUGUUAUCAUCUGCACAGUAACUACAGCAGGGAGAUUGACCUCUGAAUGUUUGCUUGGUCACUUUACACACAUCUUUAUUGAUGAAGCAGGUUUCUGUAUGGAGUCUGAAUUGAUUGUGGCCAUUGCUGGAAAUCUGGAUCUUUCAAAAACCCAACUUGUUUUGGCAGGGGAUCCCAAACAACUUGGACCAGUUAUCCGUUCACCUUUUGCCAAAGAAUAUAAACUAAAUAUUUCUUUACUGGAACGUAUCAUGUCAAACUUUCAGCUAUAUAAACGUGAAUCUGAUCAAGAAUUUAACCAGAAAGUGAUCACAAAAUUAAUUAAGAAUUAUCGAUCUCACCCUGACAUAUUGAAAGUUGUGAGUGAUCUGUUUUAUGACAAUGAAUUACAAGCAUGUGCUGAUAUAGCAAAAGUAAGCAAAUUUUGCAAAUGGAAUGUCCUUCCUAAAACUGGAUUUCCUCUACUCAUCCACUCAGUGGUUGGGAAAGAACAAAGAGAAGGAAACUCUCCAUCGUAUUUUAACCCUGAAGAGGCAUGUGUUGUGCUCCGCUACAUUGAAAAGCUAUAUGAAUAUGGUGCGUCACCACAGGAUAUAGGUGUGAUCACACCUUAUUGUAAACAGGUUCAAAAAAUAAAUAUUCUUCUGCAAAAGCAUAAAAUGAAACGUGUUAAAGUGGAUUCUGUGGAAAAAUUUCUUGGAGAUGAAAGAAUGAUUAUCAUAAUCUCUACUGUACGCAGCAACCCUGAUAAUGCAGCAGAUGAUUAUAAGAAAUGCAUGCUGGGAUUUAUCAGCAAUGAAAAGCGUUUGAAUGUGGCCAUCAGUCGUCCUAAGGCUCUUCUCAUCAUCAUUGGAAAUAUACAUUGCCUUCGUACUGAUGCACUUUGGGACAGACUGAUAACAUAUUACAUCUAUAAUUUUCAUUUGAUUUCCCUGAAUACAGACUGGUCCAAACAGCCAAAGAUCUUCCAUGCCAUCAUUCAGUGA